AUUAAAAAAUAUAUAAAAACCACUUUUUUCAAAAUUUCCUGUCUGUUUUUUCCCAUUCCAAAAACACAAGGGAAAUCAAUUCUAAUAAAUAAAAAAAAAAUAUAAAACCCGACACCGUGUUGAUUUUUCCCUCUCCCUUUUUUUUCUUCACCAUCUCUCGACUCCAGCAAAUUCUCUUUUGAAAAUUUCCAUGAUUUUACGUGCUUAGGGUUUUGCUCUUUCCUCAUUUAAGAGACAAAUGAGUAGGGUGUCUCGAGGUGGGUCUCAUGGUAGAUCCCGUACUGGGAAGAAGACAUUGAGGAGGCGCAAUGAUGGUGCAGGAGCUGAUAAUGUUGUCCUGAUUGAUGUCGAGUCUGAAACUUUUAGUAAUGUUAUUAUUAUUGAUGUGCCUGAAUCGACACCCAAGAAGUUUCGAGGUAAGGCAGCAGCAAAGAAAGCCAAAAGAGGUAAGACAGCAGCAAAGAAAGACAAAAGGUCUCCUUUGAGGAACAUAAUCUUCAUCGAUGAUGAUGAAAGCAAUGAGAAUGAAUCUUCUGAAUGUGGUGUGGAAGAUGGCCACCACUUCUUUCAGGACCCAUCUCCUAGCAUGAGACCGUGCUCAACAUCGGAAAGUGCUAAAAAACCUCUAGAUGGAAUUGGUGAUGAUUGCCAAUUUGUUCGCGAAAAUAUUUCUCCAGUGAAGUUAUCAAAAUGCAAAAGAACUUACUCUGGAAAAGCUCCUGUCCAAAAUCAAUAUGGUUUGGCGUCUGAUUCAGAGAGUAGUUCAUCUGAUGAUGAUGAGUUGAUGGAGGAUUUUUCUGGACUGCUUCGAGAGCAGUGGCAGAAAGCUUCGUUAAAGAGGAAAAAUGAUAACAGUGGUACAUCUGGUGUUGGAGAUGUUAAUAGUGCGUCCACUGGUGGAGUUCAGCCUGAGCCUGGUGAGAGUGAAGAGCAUCCUGUUUGUCCUGGUUAUUCUAAAUCCUCUACCGAAAAAGAAGACCAACCUCCAAAACCAACACGUGAAUCACAUUGUGCUUCUAGUAAGACUGAUGUCCAUGAUGAAGGAGAUCCACAAACAAAGAACUUUGAAGAGAGUUAUCCCAGUAUACCCCGUGAAUACCACUAUUCUAAUGGCGGUGUUGGUCCUACAGAGUCUAUUUGCAGGGAAAAAGCUUCAUCAGGCUCACCAAUCAGCGGCAAAAAAUGUGUUGAUCAGGAAAAUGGGAAACGGAUGCCUGAUAAGACAUCAGAAUUAGGUGCAAACCAUAAUGAAACACUACCUAGAAACAGAGGUUCCUUGGUGGAGGAGGAUCUUCCGGAAUCUGUAUCUAUGAGCCAACACAAGGAUGAAAGGCAUGAUGAUGUGAAUGGACAAGAUGGUGAGAAUGUGGAGCAUAGUGUUGAGAACUGUAUUACCACUGAAAGAGAAAGGAUCAAGGAGACCUCUGAAUACAAAAAGGCACUAGAGGAAGAAUUGGCGUCCAGACAGAGAGCGUUGGCGCUUCAGGCAGAAGAAGCCAAGCAGAUGAAGCUGUUGCUGAAAAGAAAGAAGGCUGAAACUAUGCGUUUAUUAGAAAUGGAGAAGAGACAAAAGCAGCGUGUCGAGGAAAUAAGAGAAACUCAAAAGAAGGACGUAGAGAAUAUGAACUUGAAGGAGCAGAUACGAGCCGAAGUUCGGAAGGGACUCAGUAUGCUUGAAAUGACAUGCCAUGAUAUGGCUUCAGUGUUGCGUGCAUUAGGAAUCACUGUUGGUUUUGGCACUAGUCAUGAGGUGCGCGUUGCUUACAAAAAAGCCUUGCUGAAAUUUCACCCGGAUAGAUCUUCACGAUCUGAUAUACGACAGCAAGUUGAAGCUGAGGAGAAAUUUAAGCUCAUAUCUCGAAUGAAGGACAAAUACUUACCAACUUUAUGACACUACUGACCUAGGAUAUAAAUGUUAGUUUAUUUUCAGGAAAAUUUUGUGUAUAGGCCCUUCAAUGCUUGAGCUUUCUCACCAUGUGGAAAGCUGCACUCAGCUGCAGAAAGUUUUUUCUUUUUAUUUCCAGGUUUAGUUUCGUCAUUUCUUUAUGUUAUUGUUAACGUAGCUUUGUUUUUCUAGGGUUAAGAUGGCUUCAGGAAUUGCACUACAAAAGCUGUAAAUUUUUUUGUUUCAGAAAAAAAUAUUCAUUGGUCACUGAAUGUGACUUAGGUAAUUAUAGUUUACAGCUCCAUUGAUGCA